GAGGGGGAGCCUUGCCCUUUAAGGGCCGCCCCCGGAGAGGCGCCUGGCACCCUUCGCGCUUCCUGGUUGUGGCUGCCCAAGACUGCACGACUGAGCUGAGAAGGACCGGUGCCCUAUGGCCCUGGUCACCGUGCAGCGCUCCCCCUCCUCCAGCAGCCCCUGCCCCCUCCCCUGCCCCAGCCCCAGCCCCAGCCCCGAGCUCGGAGCUGCGGACGAUUUAAGAAGCCGGAGAGACCAGCUGCAGAGACGGCAGAGCUUUGCAGUGCUGCGCGGGGCUGCGCUGGGCCUACAGGAUGCCGGGAUUCUUGGGGCCCAGGAAGAGGACGAGCCCCGGGCGGGGACCCAGGAGCCUGGCCAGCCGGAGCGGGACGAGGAGCAGAAGCGACACCUGUGCCUCAUGGUGGAGCUGCUCAGGCCUCAGGAUGACAUCCGCCUGGCGGUGCAGCUGGAGUCGGCCCGGCCUCCCCGCCUCCGCUACCUGCUCGUGGUAUCGCCGUCCCAACUGGAGGCCCGGGAUGAGACCGUCCUGCUGGGAGUGGAUUUUCCCAAGGGCAGCGCCUCCAGCUGCAGCCUGGGUCUGGCCCUGCCCCUGUGGAGUGACUCACAAGUUUACCUCGAUGGAGACGGAGGUUUUAGCGUGACUUCGGGGGGCCAGAGUCGUAUCUUCAAGCCCAUUUCCAUCCAAACCAUGUGGGCCACCCUGCAGGUUCUGCACCAGGUCUGCGAGGCGGCCUUGGCCGGCGGGCUGGUGCCCGGGAGCGGAGGUGCCCUGGCCUGGACCAAGUAUUACCAGGCCAGGGUGACUUCCAACCAAAGCUGCCUCAAUGAGUGGAUGGCCAUGGCCGACCUAGAGUCUCUACGGGCCGACCCGGACCCCGGCCGUGUCUCGGAGCUGGAGCUGAUGGAGAGGCGGAUCCGGGAGGAGCUGCAACACGUACUGGACACCAGUGACCUGGACAGCAUAACUGCUAAGGAGAUCCGCCAGGCUUUAGAACAGCGCCUGGGCUGUCCGCUACAGGACCACCGUGACUUCAUCGACAACGAGGCCCUUCUGCUCCUGGCCCAGCGUGACCGGGCCUCCCGCAUCUUUCCGCACGUCUACCUGGGCUCCGAGUGGAACGCUGCCAACCUGGAGGAGCUGCAGCGCAACGGGGUCAGCCACAUCCUGAAUAUGUCACGGGAGAUUGACAACUUCUUCCCCGAGCUCUUCACCUACCACAACGUGCGCUUGUGGGAUGAGGAGUCCUCACAGCUGCUGCCCCACUGGCCUGAAACCCACCGCUUCAUCGAGACCGCCCGGGCCCAGGGCUCCCACGUGCUCGUGCACUGUAAGAUGGGGGUGAGCCGUUCGGCGGCGACGGUCGUGGCCUACGCCAUGAAGCAGUACGGCUGGGAGCUGGACGUGGCCCUGCGCCACGUGAAGGACCUGCGACCCGUCACCCACCCCAUCCCCAGCUUCCUGCGCCAGCUCCACACCUACCAGGGCAUCCUCACUGCCAGCCGACAGAGCCAGGUGUGGGAGCAGAAGGCGGGAGGGUCCUCCCUGGAGGAGCUGGCGGCCCAGGUCCCCUCGCAGCUGCCCCCGCCGACCCCAUCUGACCCCGGGGAUUCCGGGGCGCCGGCGGGGGCCGCAGAGGAGUCGGGGCCGGCCGGCCGGAGGCGACGCAUCGAUCUGAGGAGGAUGAUGAGAUCCAUCAGCUGCCUGGAGUCCCCGGAGCUCAAGCCAAUGACUCCCGGAGAUCUCCCCGAGGUUUUCUCAGCUGAGGAGGGGGCCCCCCAGCCCUCCCAGGAGGAGAUAGGAAGGAUGGGGCCUUCAGCCUUCCGCCCAGCCCUGGAAUCCCACCAGUCGGUGAUGGCUCUGCAGAGUGCCGCCCUCGUGGCCAGCCGGAGCCGGGUCUUCGAGGGGCAGCAACCUCUCCCCUCCAUUCCCAGAGCACGGAGAAUGGUGAGACAGGCCAGCGUGGACGAGAACAGCGGAGACGACCAGGGGAGAGAUCAUGGAGACACCAGCUGAUCCCCUGCACCGACUUCCUAUUCCUUGAAACCCUACGCCAAGACCUGUUCCCCGCCCCUCUGGAUACUCCAGCUUCAGACGUCCCCAGAGACAUGGCUCUCCCGGCCCUGGCCCUGCCUCCUUCCUUCCUUCCUUCCUUCCUUCCAGACCCAUGUGGCCGUUGACCAGCACUACCCAGGAGGCUCCCCACCUACUCCUUUCCCCCGGCUGAGUCUUUCCCUCCCUGCCAGGCUGUGGGAUGGGGCCAGGCACUCCCGGACACCAGGAACCCAGAACCGACCCCGGCCGCACAGAGACCGUCACAGGAGGGGGCUUCCGUGGCUGACUGACUGGCCAGUUGUCUGGCUGACCAGCUGGCUGGCUGGCUAGCCAGUUGGAUGGUAGUUGUCUGGCUGACCAGUUAGCUGGCUGGGUGGCUGACUGACCAGCUGGUUGGUUGGCUAACCAGUUGGCUGGUUGCCUGGCUGGCUGGUUGGCUGGCUGAUGUGUUGGUUGGAAGGUUGGCUGACCUGUUGGUUGGAAGGCUGACUGGUUGGUUGGCUGGCUGGUUGGUUGGCUGGCCAGUUUGUUGGUCGGCUGGCUGGCCAGUGGGCUGGUUGGCUGGUUGGUUUGUUGGCUGACUAGGUGCCUGGCUGGUUGCCUGGAUGGCUUCUCUGCUCCACUCCAGGACAUUUCCACCAAUAAAACUGCCCCCACCAAGCGUGGGGCAAGUCUCUGUGGA